AUGAAGGUCCUCCUGCUUUCUGGUGACUUUAUCGAGGACUACGAGCUCUACGCUCCUCUCCAGGCCCUCGAGAUGCUGGGCAUCGACGUCCACAUUGUCUGCCCAGACAAGAAGGUCGGUGAAGAGAUCCAGACCGCACUCCACAUUCUUGAGCCAGGCCGCCAAACCUACUCUGAGAAGCCCGGUCACCCCUUCAACAUCACUCACGACUUUGCCGAGGAGACCAAGAGCCUCGACAAGUACGCGGGCCUCAUCGUACCCGGCGGUCGUUUCCCCGAGUAUCAGAGGUAUGACAAGCGGGUACUUGAUGUCAUUCGCUUCUUCAUGAGCCAGAACAAGCCCGUUGCCGCCCUCUGCCAUGGCCUGCAGCUCCUUGCCGCUGCCGGGGUGCUCAAGGGCCGCUCGUGCUCUGCGUUCCCCAUGUGCCAGCUUGAUGUCGAGGGCGGUGGUGGCAAGUACGUCGACUACGAGGCGUUCUCCAAGAAUGCCUACGUCGACGGCAACCUCGUGUCGGCACCAGCUUACCCUGCCAUCGGAGUGUGGCUGAAGGAGUUUAUCAAGCUCCUCGGUGUCAAAGUCCAGCUUCCCUGA